AUGAGGUCAGGGUUCCACAGCUGCAUUUAGAACAUCAGAAUUCUGACUCAAGUUCCAUUAUUUUGUUGGACCACAUCCUACAUGGGCUUACUAUUUUCAAUCUCACCUAAACAGAUAAGUUUCACCUAUAACCUCGCUAACGUCUGGUGCUUUCUUCUUGUUCAACAGGGUCCUCCACAUGUUGAACCCCAGGCCAAUGCCAGGUCCUAUCAUGCCAGUAGAUGUAGCCAUGAGGAUCUGCCUGGCAAGCUCUCCGCCCCUCCGCAGCUUCCUCAGCACGUACGAGGACUGCCGAUCGCGAAACCUGGUCAACCGCUACAAACCACUUAGGCCAUGCAUCAGCUCCAAGCAGCAGGUAGAGGCCUCUAGCCUGGGAUGGAAGAGUCCCAAGGCCAUGGGAAAGAAGCGGGUGGUCUUCGCCGAUUCAAAAGGCAUGUCCCUAACGGCCAUCCACGUUUUCAAAGAGUUUGAGGAGGACCCACUGUCUGACCUGCAGUUUGACCUGUCUGACCUGGCCAAUGCCACUGCCGGCCUCAAGGUCUCCGUGGAGAAAAGUUUUACUCUGGAUUUCCCUCAGCCCGCUGCAGAUUAUCUGGACUUCAGGAACCGGCUCAAGAAGAACCAAGUGUGUCUGGAGAACUGCACUCUCCAGGAACGGUCGCUCACCGGCACUGUGAAAGUCAGGAACGUAAGCUUUGAGAAAUCGGUCUCCAUCCGGAUAACGUUUGACUCGUGGAAAACCCACACGGACGUUGCUAGUACGUACCUGAACAAUGUGUACGGUUGUUUGGACACUGACACCUUCGCUUUCACCGUCGACCUGCCAAGUUCUGUGCCCUCACAGGAGCGUGUAGAGUUUUGCGUAUGCUUCGCCACCCAGGAUCAGACGUACUGGGACAACAACGAUGACAAGAACUACAAGUUGCUCCACAACGACACAGACACAGACCAGACCAGCAACCCCAUCAUCCAGACCACCACACCAGUGGAGUUCAAGGGAGACGGCAAGAGGCCGGAGAUGGAGUUUGACCAGUUUGGGAGCCCGAGGACGUCCAGUGGAUUCUUCCCUGAAUGGCAGAGCUGGGGACACAUAGAGAAUACAACCCCAUACUGGUGAAGCAACAACAAGGCCUUUAUGAGAAAUCCACAAGCUGCUCCAACAGCAUCAACUCCAAUUGCUUGAUGUAAGAGGAGUGACUACAGAACAUUUAACAGCUGAUUCAUGCCCC